AUGCCGACGCACUGUGUCGCGUUUGGGUGUCGAAACUGGCAUCGGAAGGGGGAGGGGAAGAGCUUCUUUUGCUUUCCCUCUGCGAAAUUCGACCCAAAUCGAAGAGCGGCGUGGGUAAACGCGGUGAAGCGGGCUCACCCGACAGACCCGAGGAAGGCUUGGGAGCCGAGCCAGCAGUCCCGAUUAUGUGGGGCGCACUUCGUCACUGGAAAACCGUCGCUGGAUAGGCACCACCCGGACCAUGUGCCGACUAUCUUUGCUCACCGGAAACAGCAGCCAUCUCUCGAUCGCUACGAGCGAUGGAAACAUCGCGGGUCCACUGAAGUACGAAGUGCUGGUUCUGCGUGCGUGCAGCAGGGAGCAUCACAGCCAGCAGCCCAGCCUUCUGCAGCAGCAGUACCCUCCUUGGCCCUUGCUAAGGAGCUCCCAGUUGCCGACCCCCUUCCAGAAGGUUCCGGCGGUAACCCAUUCCCGUGCUCAAUCUCAACGGGUAUUUCGAACGUAGAGCCACUGCCCGAAGCCCCAAGGAGUGGUGCUGUCUCCACCUGUGUGCAGCAGGUAGCUGCACAGCUGGCAAGUGACGUCUCUUUGGAGAUGCCUGAAGAGGCGGUGGAAGACCCAUGCACUCAAGACUCCAUAAAAGAAAUGGAGAAGGAUGCCGCUGUCGGCCUAAUCAUGAUGGCUGGGAAUCCUGAGGUGUCCAAGCUGCGUGACCUGCAGAUGGCCAAAAUGCAGCAGGUCAUUCUUGAUCUGCAAGCAGACAAACAACGUCUCGAAAGGCAGGUUUGCCACCUGCAAGCCAGGCAGCUUAGUCUCAACACUAUCCAGGAGCCUAAGAACUGUUUAUAUUAUACUGGGCUGCCUUCGGGCAGCCAAGAUGACCUACUGGUUAGGUAA